AUGCCGGUCAAUGGCGUUCAGCAAGAGGUGGAUUUGCUAGAUUCAGACGAUUAUGAUCCUAUAGAUCACCUCAAUCAGAUAUUCUCACACCCUUCCACGCUGUCAUCUGUCAGCCAGACCUUCGAAAUCCUCCAAGCGUAUCAAGAUGACCUCGACGACGAGAUUGAGGCUCUCGAAGACGAGCGGAUCCAGUCGAAUGCGGAAUGCCUCCAGCGCAUGGAAACUUCAAAGGCCGAGCUGGCGGAACUCUUCCAACGCAUCGAGAGCGUACGGGAGCGAGCAUUGCAGACGGAACGCAACAUCACCGAGAUGACGGCGGAUAUCAAGCAGUUGGACAACACAAAGAAGAACCUCACACUGUCGAUGACUGCACUGAAGAGACUUCAGAUGUUGACGACGGCCUAUGAACAGCUACGAGCCAUGAGCAAGACGAGGCAAUACAGAGAAUGUGCGCAACUCCUGCAAGCGGUGAUCCAGCUCAUGGCGCAUUUCAAAUCCUACCGGUCGAUCGACCAGAUCGCGACGCUGAGCAGGAAUGUAGCAGGCAUACAAAGGGAGUUGCUUGAACAGGUGUGCGAAGACUUUGAGAUUACCUUCACCAAAGAAGAAGUGGCCCAGAAACGAGGCUUGCUCCAUGAGGCGUGUCUGGUGGUCGAUGCACUCGGCGAUUCCGCCAGGUCAAGGUUGACCACCUGGUAUUGCAACACGCAACUGCGGCAGUAUCGGCAUAUCUUCAAGGGGGAUCAAGAGGCAGGGUCGCUGGACAACAUUGAUCGCAGGUAUGCAUGGUUUAAAAAGACGCUGAAAAUAUACGACGAGGAACAUGCCGCGAUCUUCCCUUCGCAUUGGCGAGUCAACGAAAUCCUCGCCAACGUCUUUGCCGAAGGAACGCGGGAAGACUAUAAAACCAUCUUAUCACGAACCACCCGCAAUGGACAGACGAUCGAUGUCAAACUGUUAUUAUCAUGUUUGCAAGAAACUCUGGAAUUUGAGCACGGCCUGGAAAGAAGAUUCAAUCAAACGUCAAGAACAUCAAUCGAUACAAUGGCAUCGACUAGUGACACUCCAGUUUUCGGCCAGCCCAUCUCGGACGCUUUCGAACCGUAUCUGAGUCUGUGGGUGGAAGCACAGGAUAAAGAACUCGCGAGCUUGAUACCGCAAUAUAGGCAGCGACCGACCAAACUUUCAGAUGAGGAGUUCUCCUCGCAACAGGUCAUUACUUCGUCGACCGAGUUGUUCAACUUUUAUCGACACUCCCUUGCGCAAUGUGCGAAGCUUUCCACAGGACAGCCUUUACUCGAUUUGUCCAAGGUAUUUGGCCGCUAUCUUGACCAAUACGCUCAGCAGGUCCUGCUGUUCUAUAUUUCCGAGAAGCCAACAGGCGGCACACCCUCUCGAAUACCAACAGUGGAAGACGUAAUCUUAGUUCUCAACACGGCGGAUUACUGUUUCCAUACAUCAAAUUCUCUGGAAGAGAAGAUCAAAAGUCGCAUAGAUGACGUGCUGAAGGACAAGGUCGACUUGCAAAGCCAAGCAGAUGCCUUCAUGGGGAUAGCUAGCGCAGCAGUCCGAGGCUUGGUGCGUCGUGUGGAGGUCGACCUGGAACCCAGCUGGCGCGAGAUGCGCAAUACAUCCUGGUCAAAGAUUGAAAUCGGUGAACACCAAAGCCCCUAUAUCAAAGGGUUGGAGAAUCGGAUCAGGAACCGCUCCAAUGAGAUCUUAGGUAUGCUUCAUAAACAGCAGUAUGCGCGAGCCUUCGCGGACAAUCUCGUUGAGCUGUUUGCAUCAACGUAUAUUGCCAAUAUUGCUCAGUGCAAACCAAUCUCUGAGGGCGGAGCCGAGCAGAUGUUGCUCGACACUCUCGAUCUCAAGAACACCCUGAGCCAGAUACUUCCAGGAACUCCCCCGCCACUCUUCCUCAAACGCGUCGCUGCUGCCUUUGGCAAGAUUGAGCCGCUGCUGAAGACUCUGCAAGUCCGGCCGUCGCCUCCGGAGGCGCUCGUCCAAGCAUACCUGAUCCACAUCGCGGACCUGUCAGAAGUUAACUUCCGCAAGAUCCUCGAAUUGAAAGGGAUCCGCGGAAAGUCAGAACAAAAUCACCUGGUUGAAUUAUUCCAAAUGCACAAGUUCAGCCCAAGGUACAAGGAUACAUUGGUGGAGAAGUCGCCCUUGCUCACACCGUUGAAUCUGUCUGCGUCCGCAUCAUCCACCGGGACUUCGGUAACGUCGGCAGCUGCUCUCCACAAUCUAUCUGCGUUAGGAAACUCGGCUGCAGCCUCGCUGAGUACAGCAAACAUCUCAUCGAACAUGAAGUUUGAUGCCUCUGGACUGGGAAAUGCAAUUAUUGAUCGAUUCAGCAGUCCAAGUUUGGGAACGCCGCGAGAUGGAGCAGCAAGUCCCCCGCCAGGCGCGCAUGCUACAGGUGAUGGAGUUUUCUCCAGUGCAGAGGCUGGGGCGAAGUUGAAUGAGAAUUUGAAAAACAUAGGAAAGUUCUUCAAACGGGAUCUGGGCGGAUUCGGGGGUAUAGGUCGAUUUGGAAGUAGUAAAACCACGAGCCCUGCCCCUCCUGAAGAUCGGUCAAGCAGUCGAUAG